CCCGGCCGCUGAGGGUGCAGGCUGCUGCGCGAAGACACAGAGACGGAGUCGCUCUACAGCGGGGCAGCGGACAUGGCCUAGAAAUGCAAGACCCUGGUGGCCCCGGAGAUCAGCAUCUCGCUGUCCGACGACUUCCUGGACACACCGACAACCUGGACAUGAACGUGGACAACAUUGAGACCCCCGACGAGAUGGACUCGCUCGAGUUCCUGGGCAACGACAAUGAGCUGGAGUGGGAAGGUAAGGGCCACGGGGCUGUCCCAGUCUUGGCCACGGGCGCGGGGUGCGGGGUCCGCGGGGGCCACGGAAUGGCGCGGGGUUCACGCGCACCUGCACCUGUCGCCACCGCGCGGGUCUUCCCCAAGAUCCUCGAAGGGGACCAUGGCCCGCGGCCUGCCCGGCUUUUCGAGCGCUUGCUCUGGGCGCUGGGGAC